CUGAACAGGAGGAAGGAUUGCCAGCUCCCGCCAAGCAGAACACCUUCUUUUUGGGCCUUCAGUUAUAUCCAGAUUCCUGUCUGCACUUGUUUGAUCACAUAUUUACUGGUAGUCCCUUCCUGUGGAAGCCGUAAUGGUCUGCGCAAUCAAUCCUUCCUCAGGACCGACUUUUCACCGUCAUGCAGCUGAGGAAGUUGACUGUGUCUCGCCUCCUGCUCAACAUCCUGCCUGCUGAGUCACAGGCAGCGCACACCUGAGUCCCCACACCUGCCUGGCCACUGGUUCAAGCCAGGGGCCCUGUGUCUGGUGAGGUCAUACAUGUUGAUCCUCCCAGAAAAGCAGCUGCCCAGCUGCCCUCGCCCUGUGACCAGCAGACCAGCCCCUGCAAAGGCCAAGCUGGAUGUGGCCUGGGCUCUGGGUCCCCCAAGAGGAGGCACAGGCCCCUUUGUGAACAGCAGACCAGCCUGGGAGCUGGCAGCAGGACACCCGAGUCUGCAUGCUGAAGAAGAUGGGUGAGGCUGUGGCCAGAGUUGCGAGGAAGGUCAACGAGACGGUGGAGAGCGGCUCCGACACGCUAGACCUGGCCGAGUGCAAGCUGGUUUCCUUCCCCGUCGGCAUCUACAAGGUCCUGCGGAAUGUCUCAGACCAGAUCCACCUCAUCACCCUGGCUAACAACGAGCUCAAAUCCCUCACCAGCAAGUUCAUGACCACAUUCAGUCAGCUCCGAGAGCUCCAUCUAGAAGGAAACUUCCUACAUCGUCUUCCCAAUGAAGUCAGCAGCCUACAGCACCUCAAGGCCAUUGACCUGUCCCGGAACCAGUUCCGAGACUUCCCAGAGCAGCUCACCACCCUGCCAAUGCUGGAGACUAUCAACCUGGAGGAGAAUGAGAUUGCAGCAGAUGUGCCUGUGGAGAAGCUGACCACCAUGCCAGCCCUGCGCACCAUCAACCUCCGCUUCAACCCGCUGAGCGCCGAGGUGCGCGUCAUCGCCCCGCCACUCAUCAAGUUUGACAUGCUCAUGUCUCCCGAGGGUGCACGAGCCCUUCCACCUUAGGCCACUGUCUUUGUGCCACCCAGCAAGGGCCAGAGGCCAUUGGCCUGCACCUUGGAGGAGGGUGGCUUACGGGCCCACGGGAGUCUGAGCUUGGGGGGACGGGGUGGGCCGGAUAGCGUGUGGUGGGAGGGUGCUGCGACUGGCCCAGGGCAGCUAGUUUAGAGCCAUAGUGGGCCCUGGACCACCCCGAGGGCAGAGGUAAGGCGGUGCUGGCUCUGACAGACUCUCUGAGCCUUGUCACUUGGGAGGAGAGGUGACAGCCCAGAGCCUUUCCUCCCUGGGCUCCUUGGAGAUUUUACCUUCAAGUAAUUGGGAGCCUUGAGCCCAAGGAAAGCACUGCUGAGCAUUUGUGGGCCCUGUGGGUUUGAGGCUUAGUUUCUAGUGCUGAGAGCCAGUCACUGCCCUGAGAGGAGAAGAAGACAACCCCCAUGUAUUGCUUUCUGACAACUGAACUGAAUAAGGCCCUUCUCUCCCACUAUGGGUUCCUGGGCCGGCAAAGGCCUGAACCAGGAGUCCUGGGCGUGGGUGGAGAGGGUCGCUCUGCAUAGCAGGGCAAGAAUAUCUGUGAAGGAUCCGGAACUCAGUGAGAAAACCGGGGCUUCUCCCAUCUGUCCUCGUGGUGAAGAGAACUGUGGGACUCUGAGAGCUCGUCCCUCCCCAGGGAGUGGCCAGCUGUGCCUGCUCAUCAAGCCCUGAGCUACCGGAGGGUGGCCCAGAGAGGACAAAGCCAUUUGUGCCUGUGGCACUGGUCCAUAAUCAUUAGAGGGCUGCCUUCGCAGUGGUCUCCGUGUAGCUGCAGUCUGGCAGCCUUGUCACGGCUCCCUGAGGACAGAAGACACUGGACCUCCGGAUUUGUAAGCAGCCAGUUCCAAGGCCACUACUGAAGUUCCUGAUGACCUAGCUCUUUCAAGGCCCUCACUGUGAGUCUAGAGUGUGGCCAGGCAGUAGGGUGACCGGCCAUCCUGCUUUGCCUGAGACUGAGGGGUUCUCAGGAUGGGGGACUUUUAGUGCUGAAGUUGGGACAGGCAGGGGUGGCUGAUCCCCUCCUAGGAGAGUCUUGGAGCUUUUGUUUUCUGGUAAAACCUGUGCUUUGGAUCCCUAGUAUCUACCUCCUGCGUCUCACCUGUGGAGCAAGCAACUCAGAAUGCCCCAGGCCCCACUGGUCUGUACCUCUCUGAGUCUGGAGAGGCUACUGAGGCCCCAGGACUUGGGCAGAGCUGGGCCACUUCCCCUCUCCUAGGUUUAGGCUGUCCAGAACUCAGAGCAGAGCUCCCCACCCCACAUACCUUUCCCUUCCAAGUCUCCUGUCCCUUGGCAAAGGGCUGACAGGUUGGACACUGAUUAGCCUUUGUUACUCAGUACUCUGUGUCCCAAGUGAGACCUUGUUCUUUCCAAGGCCUGGUUGACCAAACGCUGGAGGAAGGGUCUCCAGGGGGAGGUGGUCGGGCAGGAUCACCAGGAAUACUGAUUUCAGCCAUGGACACUGAGGGCAGUGGGAGGCUCAAGUGCAGUUCAGGCUGGGCCGGCCCCACCCCCUCUGUGCCAGAGUGGGGUUUUCUUACUGAGGAAGAGCCUGCUGCUUUGGGAUGCAUGAAACCAUCGUACGGCUGCAACCUUGCAAAGGGAAGCGUGGUCAAUGACAUGCAACUGCAGUGUCGCUGGGAGCCUGUCAGAGAUGAGCCUCUCAGCCUCCUUGCAGCCUCCUGAGCCAGAACCUGCAUUUUAGGAAGGUCCCGAGUACUUUCUACUUUGAGAAGCGGAGGCCUAGGGGUGACCUGGGAUGUCCUUGGAGUGGAAGGUGAAGGAUCUUACUUCUCCCUGCCACCUCCAGGCACGUGAGUCUAUGCUCAGCCUCCUCCUAACCUGACCCGAGAGACCUUGGCCCCUUAGAUCUUCAAAGAGUCUGCAUGACAUUCCUAUGAAGGGAGUGACUGCAGUCACUAGGAUAUAGGGGCUGGGCAUGCGAGGCCCUCUGAAUCUGCCUCUGCUCCACCAAGCCACCUGCUUCCUGGGUCCUCACCUCAGGUUCUCUGAAGGGGUUGCUGUUGGAAGUUGUUUUCUCCUCUGCUUGGGCAGAUUGCCCUUGCCUCUUGGGGGAAGCCUGGACAGCCAGAGAAGCCCCCAAAUCCAGGUUCCCAAUGUGAGUGAGCCCUUAGCUUCAGCCUGCAAUAAAGAAUGUGUUGGUUUCAUC